AUGAGCUGCUCUGUAGCCCGGCGUGUUCUGCUCUCCCUCUCGCCCCGUCAUCGCGCGUGGUGAGCUGUCGAGCUGGACGCUUGCAGUCGAGUCGAGUGAGUCGCCAAUAUCCACCCACUGCCUCUCUAAUGUUCCAGGCAUACACCUUCCCUGUCGACUAAACACAGCUUCUGUCUCCCCUUGGCUUGCUUCAUUCCCGUGUCGAUUGAAUUGCGACGCGGCGUCGCCUCCGACUGCCCUUGUACGCGCUCGCGCUCCUGUUUCCACGAUUACGAGAAUGCAGCUACACUUGUCCACCACACCAUGAGCUACGAUCGUGCCUACGACCAUCGACGCGGUGAUGGACCGCCGCCUCCGGACCACUACUACGGCUCUGCGCCGCCCUGGUCGCGAGGCUCGUCGGGUGGACCGCACGACCCCAGGAUGGGACCUCCACCAACGCACCUCGGCGGCGGUCCUGGGCCAUAUCGUCGAUCCCCACCUCCACCUAUGGGCCUGAGCAUAGGAAUCGGAAUCGGAAUGGGAAUGAGCGCGCGUGACGACCGUUACGGUGAACCAGAGGAGUGGCCGGGCUAUCCAGGAGGUGGCCCAUCCGGGUACGACGGUAAGUCAUCAUCGUCAGGUUGACAAAAGUUGGCUCCAGCAGCCUUGGGCUCCACCUUUGUCUCUUUUUAACUCACAUCCACAUGCUCCUGUCGUGCUCUUCCUCUCUCAGAUCGUCAAGGAGGCAGCAAGAGGCGAAGAGGGCCGUCGCCCUCGGGCUAUCGUGAUCACCACGGUGCGUAAGCAAAGAGCACCAACGCACAAACGAGCGUAUGCCUCCCGGCUUUACUAAGCCUCAGUUGCUAUCACCCUCCUAUGGCAGGCUACGGCCACCCUCGCGACUAUCCUCCCCCACCAUUCGACCCGCGUGGACCCCCGCCCCCAGGUGCUACGAGCCGAUCCGAACCCCCGAUCCGCUCCACUCUCGAGGCCCCAGAGACCCUCCCGUACCAGGUCACGCAACGGUACUUCACCGACUGGCUCCUGCAGAACAAGCCCUCCUUGUCCAAGAAUCAGCCGGCGAUCGAGGCCGAGUGGAGCAAGUACCUCACCUCGUGGAGGAGGAAAGCUUUGACGUCGACGUUCCAAGAGCACGAGAAAGCGGCCUGGUUUAGGGAAAAGUACGAUCCGCGGGAACCGUAUGCCGAGAUGAGGGAGCGACUUAAGCAAAAGGGGAGGGAGGGGAGGGUCGAAAGCUUCUUGGCCGAACUUGCGCGCGACCACUUGGAGGGGAUUGUCAUGGACUAUGGCGAGUGGAAGCCUCGCACACUCUUCCGUUCCACAAUGCAGUUUCACUAACACGAAUUGCUACCUCGACGUUCAACAGGCUCGUUUAAUACCGACGGCACGAACGCCGAGGAGCAGAACUCCUCGUUCAAAGCCGACGACGGCGAAUCGCGUAAGAUCCACGCGGACCAAACGCUCGUCGCCGGUUCUCCGACUGCGCUCGUCCUCAAGACCAUCAAGUCGAACAUUUCCCGCACCCAGCUCGAGGAACGCCUCGCCUCGCUCGAAGGUUUCCUCUACCUCGCGCUAACGGACCCUAUCCCGGACAAAAAGUUCCACCGCGUCGGCUUCGCUAAUUUUGCCACGACCGAGCAGACCGAAGCGGGACUGGCGGCCCUGAAGGACUGGUCCAUCGACGGCUUCCACUUGCCGAUCGCUCGCGCGGACAAGCCUCUUUCGAUGCGUUACCGAGCGACGCCGGCGCUGAUGAACGAGCCGUCGCGCAUCGCCAAAGAUCUCGAGCAGAUCCAGAGACUCGCGCUGGCGCUGGAACGGGAUGCGGGCGACUCCCGAGGCAGUGUUGCGAUCGAGCAAAGGCUCAAGAAAUGGAACGAAGAGGGCGGCAUCGCGAUGGAAGCGGACUCGACCAAGAAAGCCCUCGAUCUGUACCUCCAUUACCUCAGGACAGCGUUCCACACGUGCUAUUACUGCUUGGCCGUCUUCAAUUUUGGCGAGGAACUGUUGCGUCGAUGCCCGAAGCACGUCAGGCUCGUCAGCGAGGGCAAGAAGCCAAUAAGUGGGUCGCAAUGCUUCAUGAGCGGGGCACAAGCGCAGACGCUGAUGUUAUCUCUAUUCAUGCUUCCGAUUCUUGUAGCGGCCGAGCUCACUUGGGUCCGCUCGUUCGAUGAUCGGCUCGCGUUGCUCACGGACCGCGAUACGGUCAAUCUUGCCGAAUUGGGUGGUGACGACCCCGAGGAGGCGAUGCACACGCUCUGCGCGACUUUGCACAAGACCGAAGGCGAGGGCAAGUACCGAUGCCAGCAGUGCAACAAGCUCUUCUCGGCGCUCAAGUUUGUCGAGAAGCACAUCACGACCAAACAUCCCGAUGACAUUAGGGACAAGUUUGACAAGGUGGGCGUGAGGCUCGGCGCAGCUUCAGUAGCGUGGGCGUCUUCGAAAAUGCUCACCCUCUCCUUGGCGCUGCUGUGCAGAUCAACUUCUUCAACAACUACGUACUCGAUCCUUUGCACUUCCCUCAACCGGAGAAGCUGGACAACUUCACCCCGACGGCGUUGAAAGAGUUUGAUCACAUCACCCCAAAACAGUCGAUGAACAAAUCCAACCACAACAAAACGAACGGAACAAUCCCAGGUGGUGGUGCGGCGCCUUCUUUGUUGACGGAACGCCUUGGACCAAUGGCCACCAAUCCGAGUGAGCCCAAGAGGCGUCGACAGGACAGUUUGCCGAUGGGCCAGAGGUUGCAACCGCCCCCGCCUCCUGUCGGGGUGAGAAUGGAUCCGAGGGCCGAGAGAGGGCAGAGGAGUUAUGCCGAUCUGGUGAGCCUCGAGUGGGGUCCGAUUUUGGGGUUCUCGGCGUUUGUAUUGACUUUGAUGAUUCCCCCUCCAGGAUGGUCCGGCAGGAGGAACAGCCGAUGAAGUGGUUCUGCAGUAUUAA